AUGUCGGAAGUCGAACUGAACCAAACAGAAGAUUACGUGAUUGGCGGGAAACCGCAACCUUCCAGGUUGAAGAAGUUGACUUCGGCUUCUUCGUGGACCUCGCCCUUCAGAAGCUCUGGCGCCACCUCCAAGAAGAAUGUGUACCAGGAAUUCAAGGACCAGAACUCUGUUUCUCAGGUGAAGGUGCCUAAGAAGUUUGCCUCGCAUCCAACGUUGGAAGCUGAAAAGAGAGAGAAACAGCUUGCAGAGAAGAAGGAAGCCGAGAGGAAGAAGAAGAAGGAAGAGAAGGAGGCCAAGAAGGCUGAGGAGAAGAAGAAGAAGGAAGAAGAGGAGGCCGCUGAAGCUGACGCUAAGGAAGCUGACGGCGAGGUUGACUUGGAAGAGGCAGAGAAGGAGGAGCUUGCUGAUGAAGCUGCUGCCGACAUUGCUACUGCUGCUAAGGAAGACACUGCUGUGGUGGACGAGGCCAAGAUCGAGCCACUUGCUCCUGAAACCACCAAGGAAGGUGAAGUUUCUGAGGCUAAGGAUGAGUCUAAGCCAGAGCCUUCUUCUACUGAGGCUAAGGAGACCAAGAAGGCUGACGCUGCUGUUUCCGAGGCUAAGAUCGAACCUCUUGCUCCUGAGACCACCAACACUGGUGCUGGUGCUGCUACUGGUGCCGGUGAGGUUGGCGACGAGACUGAAGCUGCUGUUGCUGACGCUCACGUUGAGCCACUUGCUCCUGAGGUUACCGAUAAGGAAGUCGAGGCUGAGAAGCUCGAGGCUGAAGCCGAGGAGAAGGACGAAGCUGCUGAAGAGAAGAACUCUGCCGUUAAGGAGCUCUACGACCAGGACCUUGCUGACCGUACCGUCGAGGGUGACGAUAACAUUGUUGAGGAAAUCAAGGAGAACCCUGUUGAGGUUGAUGUGCCUAAUGGAGCCAAGUACGAGUCUGUUGAAUUGCCAAACCAGGCUAUCUUGGACAAAUUGAAGGACAAGCCUGUGUUGUUGAACAAGUACAAGCAAUUGAACGAAGACGCCAUUGGCUCUGUUUCCAAGAGCUUGGACGACCCUAACAAGAUUGUCGAGUUGGGUAGCGGUUUGCGUUUGACCCAGGCUCAAUUGUUGGAGAUUGCUUCUAAGCGUGUUGCUCCUGUGAUUGCUACCAUCAACGAGGAGGUUAACAAGUCUAAGACGGAAGAUGACAUUAACAGAAAGAAGGAGUACGACGGUAAGGUUGCCAAGCACCAGGGCAAGCUCGACAAGGACUUCGGUAAGCACCAGGACAAGGUCAACAAGACCAAGGCUACCUUUGACGCUCAAAUUGACGACAAGCUUAAGAACUUGGAAGAGCAGAUCCAGGCUGCCCACGAUGAAGCUGAACGUUUCGAGAAGCAGACCAAGGAAGAGAUUGAGACCGCCAAGACUGAAUACCAGGAGCGUGAAGAGAAGGCUGUUGAGCAGCACGAGACCGACAAGGAGACUUUGAUCAAGAACCACGAGGAAUUGACCGAAACCAAGAACCAGGAAUUGGAGGACUCCAAGACGAACCAAGAGACUACUGCUUCUGAGAUCGAAGAAUUGAAGGAGAGAAAGACCGACUUGGAAGAGACCAACUCUGAGUUGUCUAAGAAGCUCGAGGAAUUGACCGAGAAGUUGAACGACCGUUCCGCUCACUUGGACGACUUGAAGGAAAAGCACACUUCUCAGCUCAAUGUGAUCUCCCAGCACGACGAAACCAAGGAAGACUUGAACAAGAAGAUCGAGGAAAGCAACAAGCAGCUUGACGACAAGAGAGCCAAGCAUGCCUCUUUGGCUGGUGCUGUCGGUGUCUUGGGUGGUGUCGUUGCCGCUCACACCAAGAAGUUGAACGACUUGAAGGCCGACAAGAAGUCCAGAAGUCAGAGACUUGGUGAAGCUAAGCAAGAGAACACCAAGUGGGAGCAGGAGAAGAAAGCCAUGGCUGAGAAGACCCAGAGAGAGCACGAGCAGAAGCGUUUGGAGGCCAAGGAACAGGCUGAGACCGACAGAUACAAGCAGGAGCUCGAGGAAGAGAGACAGAGAUUGGAAGAGGAGAAGAAGCAGGCUGAAGAAGAGAGAUUGAGACAUCAAGAACAGCAAGAAGAAGAGCAGCGCAUCCUUAACGAAGAGAACGAGAAGCUCGAGGAGGAACAACAGAGGGUUGAAGAAGAGAAGAAGAAUGCCAACGCCUCUGCUGCUGCUGCCGCUGCUGCUGGUGGUAGUGCUGCUGGCCAGGCCACUGCUGAUGGCAACAAGACUUCUGGCACUGGUGGCCAAUCAUCUGAGAAUGCUACUCCUAAGCACGACCUGGGCGUCAACCCAUCUCUUGUUCCUCAAAACAAGGAGAUCCACAGCACUGGUAAGGCUCUUCCACUCAACACCGAGAAGAAGGAGCAGGAAGAGAAGGAAGCUAAGGAGGCCGAGCAGAAGCAGGCUGAUGAAGAAGACAAGAAGAAGAGCAAGGGCCAUGGCGGUAUCCUCGCCGGUGGUGCCUUGGGUGCUCUCGGCGGUGGUGCCAUUGGUAACGCUACUUCUGGUUCUAACUCUGGCUCCAACUCUGGCGGUAAGACCUUUGGCUCUUCUGCUCCAAACGUUGGUGGUGGAUCUAGCUCCGGUCCAGAUGCUGGUGUUUCCAAGGAGGCUUCUAGCUCUGGCUCUAACUCUGGCAGCAAGGCUUUUGGCUCUUCUGCUCCAAAUGUUGGUGGUGGAUCUAGCUCUGGCCCUGACGCUGGUGUUUCUAAGGAAGCUUCUUCUAGACCUCCAGCCCAGAGACUUGGCUCUUCUAAGAGAAAGCUCAAGACUCUUGUGAGCGGUGGUAACAAGGACUCUGAUGCUGGUAAGUCUGGCGAGAGCAGCAGCAGAGCUUUGACCGGUGGUGCUUCUGGCGGUGCCGUUGCUGGUGAAGCUGCCGCUCAGCAGGAUAGCAAGGGUUUCCUCAACCAGAACGACAACUCUGACUUGCAGUCCAACGCUUCCACUGAAGUUUACUCUGUUUACGAAGAAGUUUCUGACGAUGAGUUUGAGAGAAACAGAAACAAUCCAAGAUACAUUGAGGUUGAAGAAGACGAAGCCCAGAAGUUGCUCCGCAAGAACAGAGACCUCAUACAAUAA